UUGUCAUCUUGAGGUAAACAAAAACGCAUGGAUGCGUUCAUACGGUUCUUACCUGUUAAAUUGUUUAAAUUCCGUGUGAGGAAUCCGUUAUGGAACUUUUUACGAUAGAUACCGCUGGAACCAGUGCGGAUACUCAUCAUUCAAUUCGCAAAACAUUACUUCCUUCAUACCAAAAAAUUUUGAAUUGUUCGAGUUUAUCGGAAAAAGCAGUUUCCAAGCAAAGAGUUGCCUUGAAUCUACCCGAGGAAAGUGAUGAUGAAGGUGGUGACUAUGGAGGACUUCCACCUCCGGAACAAGAUAUUUUUGAGAUUCUGCAAGAUGCAGGGUCAAGCAACACCGUCGGUAAACAAAAGCGCAGUGAUCAGUUGUCUCUCAACUUCUUAAGAAACAACCGUCUCUCGGGUACUGCAGCAGUAAAGGAAUUAGCCGCCACCAAUGUGGAACAACAUAUGAAGGCAGCUGUUAUCACACCGGCGACAGAAAAGCAACAGAAUCUGACCACACUCUCGAUGACUGAGCGUCAGAUCAAGGAACAGAACAGAAAAGAACGGGCCAAAACAAAAGGUGCAAAUUGGUUCAAUCUACCCGCUCCAGAGAUUACCGAAGAAGUCAAAAAUGAAUUAGAGCUCAUUCGAAUGCGGUCUGUUCUGGAUCCUAAGCAUUUCUACAAACGAAGCGAGAUGAAAACUUUACCGAAAUAUUUUCAGAUUGGCAAAGUAAUUGCUUCGCCCCUGGACUACUACAACGAACGUGGAACGAAGAAAACCAAAGCUAAAACUCUCGUUGACGAGCUCCUGGAGGAUGCCGAGUUCCAAAAGUAUAACAAGAAGAAAUAUGCCGAAGCGCUUGAAAAACGCAAAAAGAAGGCUUAUCACAAAGCUGCAAUUAAAAUGAAAAAGUUGAAGAAAAAAAAGAAGUGAUGCUUAA